GGCCAACCAAGAUCCAAGAGAUAUAAAUGUAAAGAUAAGAAUAGGGAGAAAUGAAUAAGUCUUCUGAAACACAGUCAGUGAUCAACCACUUUUAGCAAACAUCCAAAAGACCAGAGCGAGCUAGGGAACAUCAAACAAAACAAAACAAAACGAAACAAACAAAGAAACAAAGACGGAGGAGGAGAAGGAACAGUUACCGCCAUCAAUGGCGGGUCUUCAGAGAUCUAACAUCUCCUUUCGCCGUCAGGGCUCUUCUGGUAUUGUCUGGGACGACCGUCUCAUCGCCGAGCUUAACAAACAGGCCAACGACCAGAAAGGCGAAACAGAUGAACAGGAAGAAGGUAAGGAGGACCAGACAGCCAGACCCAUCUCUGGAGGAGGAGGAGCAAACCGCCACCAUAGAAACACGGGAAGAGUGUCUCCGGCGGUGGAUCCCCCGUCGCCGAGACUGUCGGCGUUUGGAUGUUGCUCUGCUUUCGGGAAGAAACCGGUGGUGAAGCAGAGGAAAAUUAGGCCACCCAAACGCAGAUUAAUUACCAGAGGAUGACCUGACAAAAGGGAGGGAGCAAAGUCAAGACACACAGACAGACACACAAAGAAGAAAAGACAUCAUAUACUAGCAGUGUUCAUUGAAUACUCCUUUUAUCUUUCCUUUCUGCUUCUUUUACUUUAAACUUGUUUGUACUUGGACGAGAUGUUUAUAUCUGAUUUGCAAGCAAUUAAGAUCUCUUGUAACAAUACUUCAACAUACAUCUACAAGCUUAUUGUUCUAUACUUAAUUCGAAUUCCG